AGAAAAGGUGGGACCCACGUGGGCCCCACAUGUCAUCCUCACUCUCCCCUCCCCUCUUCUCUCUGUCUAUCUUUUUCUUUUCUUUUUCAUUCCUUUUCUUCUUUUUCUUUAGAAGCUGGUAUCUGGCGGCCGACACGAGAGGGCGACCGACAACGCGAGCGCCGCGUCGGCGGAGAGGGCGGCCGAGGCAGGAGAGGAGCGGUGACGCGCAUGGGCCGGCGGGAGAGGAAGGGGACGCGGGAGGUGGCCCUAGCUGCGGCGGCCGGUGGGAGAGGAGAUGGUGUCGACGGUGAGGAGGAUGCUCGUCACGGUCGGCGAGCGCGGCGCACACGCGGCGGGCCGAGGAAGGUAGCGGGGACGACGAUGAGAGGAGGUGGAGCACGAAUCUGGACAGCGGACUGUGGCGGCGGAGCGACUGAGGUCGAGCAGCGUGACCUGGCCGCGUCCCCCUCACCAGCCAACGCGGGAGAUCUGGUGGUGGUGGUGGCCGGUGGUGGUUUCUGAACCACCAGGCGCGUCGCAAUCCCAGAGCUUGGGCCCCGACAGGGUCUAGGUCAUCGCACGGAGGAGCAUCGGCGCGGGCAGUCGUCGUCGCCGAAGUUGGCACGGAAGAGGGUUAUCCUUGUUGUCGCCGGACGGGCAGCGGCCGGAGGCCCGGACUAGAGCGUCGGAGCAUGCCGACUACCACCACAACCGCCUCUUGCUGCUAUGGAUCGCCGCGGCCACCUCCUCGCCGGCCAUCCCGCUCGAACGCCGUCUUCUUGCUGCCCCAAAGGCUGCUGCAACAUUGCGCAUGGAGGAUAUGGGGCGGCGCCCCUGGCCCCACCGUCCGCCCGCGCUAGAGAAGCGGAAGGCCGAGCACCGCCUUGGCCCCGCCGUCCUGCGCUAGAGAAGAGGAUGGGCGGCUGCUGCCUUUGGCCCCACCAUCUGCUGAGGAAGAGGAGUAUCCCAUUGUUUUUUAGUCUAACUGGUAUGCGGGCCCCACAUUUAUUUUUUUUUAAUAUUUUGCUUUUAGUGAUCACUGCCACAUAGGACGAGGACCAAGUCAAACCAGCCACAUCACUGUCACGUCAGCCUAAACCACCAUCUAAAUCGAGGGCCUUAUUUGCACCGGUUAUGAUAGUUGAGGGACCCGUUGUAUCUGGUUUUGGGGUUCAAGGACGAAAAUCGGAUUCGAUGACAAGUUAAGGGAUCUCAGGUGAACUUAUUCCACAAGGAAAUCAUUCACGAACUAGAUUAUAUGCAUUUUUGGAAGCCCACGGGACAGGAAAUUACCGGCCCUAUCCACAUCACUUCCCAGGGGGAUAGGAUUUCCCGGCCCUUUCCACCCAUAAGCUCGCGUCAUUCGCUGAUCGCAUCUCCGUCGUCACGAGCAGCCGCCGCCUCCGCCUCUCCCACCCGCGAGAUUCCGCCGUCACCGACCGCAAGCUGCACUUCCCUCUUCUUCUAACUGAUGUCAGGCGACGGCCCUCGAUGGUAAUGUUCCGGUGAGACAAAAAUGAACUUCUUUUUAAUUUCUUUCGAUGAAAGGACUAAUAAUCCUCCCACAAGUUUAGGACUCCUGAUCAUGGUUUAAUUUUUUGGUUUGGCCGAUUCUAUUGGAGGUCACCAGUAUAAGGAAAUUUCUGUCCGAAAUUUUGAACAAAUGUUAGUCAGAUUUGAACAAAAUAUUAUCAAAUUCACAAAAUAAAAAUAAAAAUUUUGGUCGAAAUAAUAUCGUAUCGGGGGAUCCGAAAUGGCUGAAAUUUCUAACCAUGCUCCUAUUCCUGAAUGAAGCAUAAGUUCCGUUACAGUUUGAUCUAAUCUCGGCACAUUUGAAUUUGAUCUAAUCUCGGCACAUUUGAAAUUGAUUUGUCUCUGCAAGAGGGCUUUGAUAUCUAUGGGGUGAAAUUGAUUUGUCUCUGCAAGAGGGCUUUGAUAUCUAUGGGCUUGUUUGGUUCUUUACCCUACCAAUUCAUUGGUAGUGCCAAAGUCUAGGAAAAUUUUGGCACUACCAAAAUAUUGGUAGGGUAAAAUUAUUUAGCUAACAUUUGGAUUGCUACCAAUUUAAAGCCAAAUUCUUAUAGCAUAGUGAAGAAACUUCUAGAAUAUGACCAAAUAUUUUAGGGGCACUACCAAAUAUUUAGUCUCAAUCCAAACUAACACACAAACUAUUCAAUUUGCCAAUAAAUUGGUAGGGUAUGUUUUUGGCAUCAAACCAAAACGGCCCUAUACGAGAUGAAGGAAAAUGCCUGACCUGCCGACCAUGGACGACGACGACGACAAGAUGGGCACUCACGCACAGGUGCAGCAGCUGCCCGACGAGCUGCUCUUGGAGAUCCUGCUCCGCCUGCCGCCCCGCGCCAUCGCGCGCUGCCUCGCCGUCUGCUCGGCCUGGAGCUCCGCCGUCUCCGCCGCGGCCUUCCGCCGCGCCCACGCCGACCGCCCGGCCGCCGUCUGCAAGGCCACCGCCACGGCGAUCGACUGCUGCGACCGCGACGCCGUCGUCCUCGACGCGUUCCUCGGCCGCUGGCACCGCGGCAACGUCCACACCACGCCGCGGUCUCCGCGCGGCCUCGUGUUCCCGGCGGCCAUGGCCCCCGAGCCCGACACCCCGUGGGUACUCGAUACGCUGGUCGUCGGCUCCUGGGACGGCGUGCUCUGCGUCGAGCGAGGUGCUCCUCUGCUCCGGGGAAGCCGCUGGGACGCCGGCGUCCAUCACUGGCCCAAAUCCGGCCGGCUCCGGGAGUACGUGCUCUGGAACCCACUCGCCAUGACCCGCGCCACCGUCUCUCCGCCGCCCGGCCGCGGCGCUGUCAUCGGAGGCUACGCCCACCCGGCCACCAUGCGCUUCCACCUACUUCACGCCGCCGGCGAGGCCGCACGCCGUCCAGGUAGCCUCGGCCUGUUCGUCCCGACCGUCUUCCGUGUCCAGCGAGUCGGAGACGGCGCCUGGCGCGAGGUUCCCCUCCCUCUCCUGGAACAACAAGACGAUCACGCGCACGCGCAGCUGCAGAUGCACGGCGCUCGCUCCGUCGCCCUGCACGGCAACCUGCACUGGCUGGUGCAGCGGGGUGGAUCGGCCGGACCCGGACGGCUGCAGGUGCUCGUGUUCGAGCCGGCGCGCGAGAGGUUCCGGCUGAUGGAGGCGCCGCCACGGCGCCAUGGCGAGGAGGACGACCUGGCAAGAUCGCGGAUCGUCGUCCUGUCCAACGGCAAGCUCUGCGCCGUGGCCGUGCGCCCGGCCACCAGCACGAUGGAGAUGUGGGUGCUCGACUCCUCCUCCUCCGACGCGCCGCGGAGAUGGCGGCUCGACGCGUACAGCCUCCGGCGAAGGAAGUGGACGAGGGUGUGCGCCGCGCGCCCCAGGAGUGGUUCCGUGGGCGUGGCGCUGCUGCCGCACCGGGAGAGCGUUGCUGAUGAUCAGCCCAGCUUCGGCGAGGCGUCCCGGCUGCUCGACCACACCAUCGACAUCGACGUCGAUGACCAGUACUUGUCUAUGAACCCAAUUACUUUGUUUUGUUACUGAACACCGAUUGAGUUAUUUAUAUCAGCUUAGUUUUAUUAAUUUUAGGAAAUGAAUAAAAUAAGAACUAUCUUAUAAAGAAUUAAUUUGUUGGUGGUAUUUUUGUUUGUUUGAUGUUAGAAGUUAAACUAACCAACGUCAAAUAUAAAAGGAAGGACGUAGUAAUAUGCUAGGAUGAUUGAAUCUGACUCUGCUACAUGCGCCUUCAUUGGGCGAAUCGAUACGGGAAACUGUUUUAAUUACCACCCGUUUAUUACAUGUCAUCUAAACGGUUAUGAAAAUAAUUGAUAUGAUAAGAUAGUUUAAUAUGUAAAAUAUCACUCCACAAACAUAUAAGUUAAAAUUCGACUUCUACAAAAAUAACAAACAAAACGUUAAUUACUAUUUGUAUAAUUGCAGCUAAAUUUGUUAUUUUUGUUACAAUUUGUAGAAGUUGAAUUUGAAAUUGCAUGUUUGUGGAGUAAUAUUACAUAUUAAUAUAUUUUGUCAUUUUUUUGAAUUUUUUCAUAACCAUUUAAGUUGACAUGCAAUAAACGGGUGGACGUCCACUCGAGUGAUUAGAAUCCAUCUCGAUACAGAUAUCUUACUCAGUAACGCAUGCUUGACUCUCCACACACACCCAGAUAGGUGUUUUAAAAUUCAUAUACAUAGGGAACUCUAGAUUUCAGAUGAUUGAAAUUGUCAAUAAUUUUAGUCAUUUUUCUCGUCCCUUUGAUGGCAAUCCAAUGAUCCUCGUUGCUUCUCUUUUUCACCCCUUUUUAAAAGGUUGACCUACAUACUUAAACAUACAAAAUUUACAAGAAAUAAAUCUAUAAUUAAUAAAAUUUACAAAAUUACAUGAAAAUGAUGCAAACUUAGAUAAAAAAAAAUGAAGUGAAGCCACAUAUAACAAUAAAAUUGCAGUUAAGAAGUAAAACUACACAUUACAUACUACCGCAAUUUUAGACAUAGGAAUACAUAUAUGGUGUGCAGCGGUCGGAUCCACCGCUAGCUCCCGCGCCCCUCGCAGUCCGCCGGGGUCGCCGCCGUCGCCAUUGGCGGUCCGCCGUUGUCACGCGCCCGUCCCACGGCCGGAUCCGUCGUCUGCGACCCUGCAGCAGCCGGAUCCACCGUUCCCACGCCCAUCCCGGGCGGGGAUUUGUGGCCCGAGCCCCUCGCAGGUCGUCGUGGUCACUGCCGUCUCCGUCGCCGGUCCGCCGAGGUCACACCGAUCGAUGCCGAGAGGAGGAGGAGAAGAUGUGGACGCCGAGAGUAGGAGGAGAAGCUGUGGCCUGUGGGAGGAGAGGUUGGGGGAGGUAGGGGAGAGGUAGGAAAUGAGGAGGAGGUGAGGUGAGAGGAGAAGA